AAUGCACUACCUAAAAACAGGAAAUAGGCCGCGUGGCCAUUACAACUACCAAGGCUAAUAGCCAAAGGAUAAUAACAAGCAACAAGAAAAUAAAAGAAAUAAGAACAGGUGCCUAACAUUGGAUCAAAUAAGUAAAAGACAGCAUGUGACAAUCACAUGAUUGUCACUUUACCAAACGGUUUAAGAAAGCUUUGCACCGUUCUGCAAAUCAAGCUUCCACUUCUAACACAAAACCAUUUCUCUGCUGGAAAACUAUUGUUGUCCAGGCUCAUCAAGUCUCAGCCGUGCUGGAAGUUUUCUUUGUCUUCCAUAAUGAUAGUAUAAACGGAAAAUGGUGAUCUAAUUAUUAGAGAGCAUAAAAAUUAGCAAGGAACAUUGAUUGCUGGUUCUGCUCUUAGCCUGUCUUCAAUUCACUGCCUUUGUUCUCUGCAUCUUCUACUAUUCUAGACAAUAUCUUCCGAUAGCUAUCUGUCAGUCAGGAAAGGGACAAGCUAUAAUAUGGACUUGAUUGGACCAAUCAUUGAGGUUAUUAAGUUCAUUGGUCAACCAGCUAGAAAGUAUCUAAAAAACCACAGAAAAUUUAGUGAAUACGUGGAUGAUUUCAAACAAGCUCAAGCAGAUUUGCAUGAUCGCAAGGGGGAUAUUCACCAACAAUUGCAAGACGAGCAUUGUUUUGGUAAAAAGCCAAAGCAGGAAGUUGAAAGUUGGCUCAAGAAAGCGGGGGAGAAGCUUGGUCAUGCUCAACAUGUUGAAGAUAAAGUCAGAAAAGGGAACUAUCUCUUUCGUUCUUGCUUAGGGAAGCUUGUUGAUGAAACCACUCAAACAAUAAAGGAAGUAUAUGGUCAAGGUCAUUUCUCUAAUGGCUUGGUGGUUGAUGAUCCUUCAAUCAUAAGGGUUAAACUACCAACACCGGAGUUAACGGGCACGACUACUAUAACAGAAAAAAUUUACCAAUACUUGAUGGGGGAUGGAGUUAGAAUGAUUGGAGUGUGUGGGAUGGGAGGAAUCGGUAAAACAACCAUUAUGAAGGAUGUCCACAACAGGUUGUUGAAAGAAGCUAAGUUUAAUAAACUGAUUUGGGCAACGGUAUCCCAAGACUUUGAUGUUCGAAGGCUACAAAAGGACAUUGCAAGCCAAUUGAAAGAAAACUUACCGGAUCAUGAGAAUACAAUUGUAAGGGCUGCAAAGCUAUCAGAAAUGUUGAGGAAACAGGGGAGCUAUGUGCUAAUUUUGGAUGAUGUAUGGAGCAGCUUCUCUCUUGAGGAUGUUGGAAUCCUUGAGCCAACAACAGAUAAUGGAUGCAAGUUAGUGUUGACAACACGUUCAGAAGAGGUUGUUCGAUCAAUGGGUUGUAAGAAAGUCCAAGUGUCCUGUCUUUCUAUGGACGAGGCAAUGCAAUUGUUCUUAAGCAAAGUCGGACAAGACAUGUUGCUUAAUCCAACUUUAGAAUCAAUUAUGAAACUUGUUGUGGGGGAAUGUGAUGGACUUCCUCUUGCAAUUGUCACAAUAGCUGGUUGUAUGAGGGGAAUAACUGAUCCUCUUGUGUGGCAAAAUGCUUUGAAUGAAUUAAGAGGUUACAUUAGAAACAUCCAGGAUAUGGAAGAUAAGGUGUUUGGAUGUUUAAAGUUCAGCUAUGAUCGUCUGGAACAAAAAGACCAAGAUUGUUUUCUAUGUUGUGCAUUAUAUCCUGAAGAUUAUGAAAUAAAAAAAGAGGAGAUAGUUGAAUAUUGGAUGGAACAAGGACUUCUUGAUGAAAUGGGAACUAGACAAGCAAUGCAGGGUGGCGGUAAUUCUAUUUUACAGAAGCUCGAAGAAAAUUGUAUGUUAGAAAGGGUUAGGGAGGGUACACACGUAAAGAUGCAUGAUGUUGUUAGAGAUAUGGCAUUGCAUAUCACAAGAGAAAGAUUUUUGGUCAAAGCUGGUAUGCAAUUGGAAGAGCUUCCUGAUAAAGAAGAAUGGAGUGAAGACCUUGAAAAGGUUUCCUUGAUGAGGAAUUCCAUAUCAAAAAUUCCUCAAAAUAUGCAAUCUCCCGAAUGUCAAAAGCUUACAACUUUGUUACUCUCAAACAAUUCUUUUGAAGAAAUUCCAGAAUCUUUCUUUGAACACAUGCUUAAUCUUAAGAUCCUUGAUCUUUCUUUGAAUUCGAUUUGGAGUUUACCCAAUUCUAUCUCCAAUUUAGAGAAUCUCACAGCAUUAUUGCUUCGUGAAUGCUCCAAAUUAGAAAAUGUCCCAUCCUUGUCAAAGAAUCGAGAUUUGAAGAAAUUGAAUCUUGAAAGAACAAGUAUCAACAAAAUCCCUCAAGGUUUGGAAAUGUUGAUAAAUCUUAGAUAUCUCAAUCUUGGAUUUACCUUUGAGUUAGAAGAGAUCCCCAAUGGAAUAUUGUCGAAGUUGUAUCAUCUUCAACACUUGAUCAUUCAUCCAGCAUCAUCAAGAGCGGAAGAGAUUAAGACAUUGAAAAAGCUGGAAGUUUUUGAAGGUUGCUUCACCAAUGUGCAAAACUUGAGCAUGUAUGCUGGUCAAAGAAAAAGGCCUAAUAAGUACCAUAUUUGGGUGAGUCACAAAUUGAUUGAUCACUGGUUCUAUAACUCAUAUAGGUCUAUUACAUUUGACAGAGGUUAUAGUAGAAUGGUUGCAAUAUGGGGUUUUAACAUGAAUAUUGAAGAUCCGAUUAUACUUCCAUCUAAUAUUCGGCAACUACAUCUGUAUCAUUGCGAAGGCAGGGCAUCAACUUUAAAUGAUCUUUUCAGAACCGAUUUGAAGGAAUGUACAAUUGAAAGUUGCCAUGAAUUGGAGUCCAUUUUUACCUCAUGGUGUGCAUCACUCCAAACGCUUGAGGUUCUUCAUAUGAGGAUGUUGACGAAUUUGAAAGUCAUAGUUGGAGAAUCAGUACCACUAACGCCUGGAACUUUUUCCUCUCUUAAGGCAAUUUAUUUAGCUUCAAGUAAAAACUUAAAGAAUUUGUUGCCAGCAAAGUGGUUUCUACAAAAUCUCCAAAACUUGGAAAAGAUUGAGGUUAGGAUGUGCGACAGAGUGGAGGAAAUAAUAGCAUCAGAGAAAGAAGGAAUGAGUACCAAUAAUAAUGUUAUGUUUACUCUUCCCAAAUUAAGGAUAUUGAAAUUGGUUCAUCUGCCAGAAUUGAAGAGCAUUUGUAAAACAAAUGAAGUAAUGGUUUGUGAUUCUCUCCAACGAAUUGAGAUAUGGCAUUGUCCAAAGCUAAAGAGGUUCCCUCUGUAUCUUCCCCUGCUUGAGCUUGACAAUAGUCAACCAUCUCCUCCUGCUUCUCUCAAAGAAAUCUGUAUAAAUCCAAAGGAAUGCUGGGAAUCAAUGGAGUGGGAUCAUCCUAAUGCUAAGAAUGUUCUUCUACCUUUGCUCAAAUUUUGGGAUAAGCGCAACAAUCAAUGGAAGCAAGCUGUUUAAUAAACUGUCAUCAAAAGCAUAAUAUACAUGCAAUGGGAAAGAAGGUUGCAGGCCCAAAUGCUGAAGUAAAAUCACAAUUCAAACAUCUUGCUUUCAGAUGUUCUAUACUUUGUAUUUCUAGAAUCAAUUCAUCCUUUUUACUGUUUGUUUGUUGAGCUCUUCCCAAUUGUGGAUGUUAAGCUCAAAUUCACACUCUCCAAAAAAAAAAAAGGUAUUUGGUUUUUCUACCAUCAAAACAAGAGACUAAGCUUUGUUGUAUGAUUUGAAGUAAGGUUGCGAACUACUUUAUCAGUGUUUAAUACAU